GAUUUAGAAAUGCAAAAAAAAUCUGAGACAGUCAUUGAUUUUUUUAAAAAUUAUAAGCUAUUCAAACUGUAAAUUUCACUUUAAUAACCUAGGUAUCCUAUUUCUUUUGAUCGAAGCCCCGUAAAAUGAGGUGCAAACUUGUGGUCCCCACACUUUCACUGGACAAAAAGAGGCGAUUUUACCUCCCUGUGUUUUUACGCAAACGCACUAACUGUCUACGCAGGACGACGCCAAGUGAAAGGGCCGAGAUUCAACGAUUACCACACAUCAACAAGCGCUUCUUGUGUCGCUGGACACACUGGCUCAACAUGCAUCGGACUAUUCAAGUGGGAUUGUUCUGCGUCUGCGAGAAUAACCGACGCGUGAAAAAUGACGGGUUAUAAACUAACAAGAAGUCUCUCAUCUUUGGAAUUGAAUGAAGAGUCUUGUGCCACAACGCAACUCGAAGUGCACCACCAAGGCCAUGAUAGAGGCAGUUUUUUAUUUUUAUUUUACAUACAGAUGUGUUGUCAGUCUCUAGCUACCGUAAUAAUAGCUAUCAAACUUUUAAAAAAAAGUUACAGUCAUACUAGCUAUACGUUUUAGUCAUGACAUCUAACUGAAAUAUGUAGCUAGCUGGCUAGCUAUAUGUUUAUUUUUGGUAGCUAGCUAGCUCAGAUAGCAUAGAGCUAGCCAGUUAGCGUAGCUAGCUGACGAAUCUUGUUUUUUUAAAAUAGCGCUCGAGCUAGCUAACGGUAGCUAAGCAGCUAGUUUAGAUAGCGCUCGAGCUAGCUAACGGUAGCUAAGCAGCUAGUUUAGAUAGCAUAGAGUUAGCUAACGGUAGCUAAUCAGCUAGCUCAGAGAGCAUAGAGCUAGUUAACGGUAGCUAAUCAGCUAGUUUAGAUAGCAUAGAGUUAGCUAACGGUAGCUAAUCAGCUAGCUCAGAGAGCAUAGAGCUAGCUAACGGUAGCUAAUCAGCUAGCUCAGAGAGCAUAGAGCUAGCUAACGGUAGCUAAUCAGCUAGCUCAGAUAGCAUCCUGGUCAGUAAAUGAGACCAUUUAACCGUUGGAGUUGCUAGCCAGUUAGCGAACUACAGUAACACUUUUUUCGUGUCAAAUUUGACAACCACUUUCUAGCUAACUAAUGUUAAGCCUGUAGGCUUUUCACUUUUUAACUGUGUUAACUUACCAAUAACGUUAGCUAACGGUAAUAUAUAUAUAUAUACACUUUUUUUGUUUGUUUUUAAUUUCUAAAUAGUUAACAUUACCUUACUCGACUAGGUGUAUGGUGUAGCUAGCUAGCUGACUUUUCCACCGUGCCUGGACUGACCGACCCCACCAGGACAAGCCGGGGCCGAUGCUGACGGUCCGGAUCACGGCAACAGUAAGGAGCCAUGCAGCCGCAGCAAAUAUACGACUUUUCAAGUGACGAGAACAGUCAUAAAUGGCGAGGCCUCUUCGUGCAAGCGUUGCGAAAGGUGCAGCUGCAGGUGCAUCCCACCCUGUCAGCCAAGGAGGGAGCUCUGGAGCACAUCGAAGAGCUGAUCCUGCAGCUGCUCAACAUGCUGUGUGUGGCCCAGCCGCGCUCUGUACAGGACGUGGAGGAGCGUGUCCAGAAGACCUUCCCCCACCCCAUAGAUAAAUGGGCCAUAGCUGAUGCCCAGUCGGCCAUCGAGAAGAGGAAGAGGAGGAACCCCCUACUGCUCCCUGUGGAUAAGAUACACCCUCUACUCAAGGAGGUGCUGGGUUAUAAGAUAGACUACCACGUCUGCCUCUACAUUGUGGCGGUUCUAGAGUACAUAUCAGCUGACAUCCUGAAGCUAGCAGGAAACUACGUUGGUAACAUCAGACACUAUGAGAUCAGCCAGCAAGACAUCAAGGUGUCCAUGUGUGCAGACAAGGUCCUAAUGGACAUGUUUGACCAGGACGAGGACAUCGGUCUGGUGUCUCAGUGUACGGAGGAGCCGUCGUCGUCGGGAGAGCUGACCUACGAUGACCUAGUGCGCCUGGAGAUUGCAGAGGAGCGCCAGUAUCUGCGGGAGCUCGACCUCAUCAUCAAGGUGUUCCGACAUCACUUCCUGUUCAACAACAAGAUCUUCACGCCUCAGGAUGUUGAGGUUAUCUUCAGCAACAUUUCGGACAUUCAUGAGCUGACGGUCAAACUUCUGGGGCUGAUAGAGGACGCAGUGGAAAUGACCGCUGACACUAGCCCUCAUCCUCUGGUGGGCAGCUGCUUCGAGGACCUGGCAGAGGAGCAGGCGUUUGAUCCGUAUGAGACCCUGUCUCAGGACAUCCUGUCCAGACAGUUCCACGAGCACUUCAGCAGCCUGAUGGCCCGGCCUACUGUAGGACUAUACUUCCAGUCCAUAGCAGAAGGCUUCAAGGAGGCAGUUCAGUACGUCCUGCCACAGCUCAUGAUGGUUCCUGUAUACCACUGUUUGCACUACUUUGAACUACUGCAGCAGCUGCAGGAGCACAGUGAGGAGCAGGACGACAGAGAGGGCCUGAAGCAGGCCAUGACCGCUCUGCUCAACCUCCAGUGUAGCGUGGAACGCAUCUACACCAAACACCUGCCCCGACGCAAGCCUGGUGAGCCCAUGUACCGUCUGUACAGUCGUCAGGUGCGCAGCAAGCAGCUGGCCAUCAAGCGGAUGAACGAGAUCCAGAAGAGCAUCGACGGCUGGGAGGGGAAGGACAUCGGCCAGUGCUGUUCCGAGUUCAUCCUGGAGGGGGCGCUCCUCCGCGCCGGCGCCAAACACGAACGACACAACUUCCUGUUCGACGGCCUCAUGAUCAGCUGCAAGGCCAAUCAGAGCUCCCGACUCCCCGGUUCCGGAAGCGGGGCCGAGUUCCGUCUCAAGGAGAAGUUCGUCCUGCGGAAAGUCCGCAUCGUGGACCGCGAGGACUCGGCGGAGUUAAAACACGCCUUCGAACUCGUCGGUAAAGACGAGAACUGUGUGGUGUUCUGUGCCCGCUCGGCGGAGGACAAGGGGGCGUGGAUGGCGGCGCUGGUCACCCUGCAGUACCGCUCCACACUGGACCGUAUGCUAGACACUGUCCUACAGCACGAGGAGCAGGCCCAGCCCCUCCGCCUGCCCUCCCCCGAGCUUUACCGUUUCACUGUGCACGACUCCGAGGAGAACAUCGUGUUUGAGGACAGUGUCCAGAGCAAGACGGGGAUACCUAUUAUCAAGGCUGGGACGGUGGUCAAGCUUAUAGAGAGGCUUACAUACCACAUGUACGCUGAUCCCAACUUUGUACGCACCUUUCUGACCACCUACCGGUCAUUCUGCAAGCCCCAGGAGCUCCUGAGGCUGUUGAUAGACAGGAUUGAGAUCCCUGAGCCAGAGCCCACAGAGGCAGACAAACAGGCUCUAUGGAAUGGGGAUCAGCCAAUGGCUGCAGAGCUACAGAGGUUCCGCAGGGAGUACGUCCAACCUGUCCAACUCAGGGUUCUGAAUGUGUUUCGUCAGUGGGUGGAACAUCAUUUUUAUGACUUUGAGAACGACCCCGAGCUACGAGGCAAACUGGAGGAGUACAUCAGCAGCAUUCUACAACUCCGAGGAAAGUCGAUGAGAAAGUGGGUGGAGUCCAUCAACAAGAUCAUCAAGAGGAAGAUGCAGACUCAGUCCAACGGGGUCAGCCACAACAUCACCUUCGAGAGCCCGCCCCCGCCCAUCGAGUGGCACAUCAGCCGCCUGGGUCAGACGGACACCUUUGACCUCAUGACCCUUCACCCCAUAGAGAUCGCCCGUCAGCUCACCCUUCUGGAGUCUGAACUGUACAGGGCUGUGAGGCCGUCUGAGCUGGUGGGGAGUGUGUGGACUAAAGAGGACAAGGAGAAUAACUCUCCCAACCUGCUGAGGAUGAUCCGUCACACCACCAACCUCACGCUGUGGUUCGAGAAGUGUAUUGUGGAAGCAGAGAACCUGGAUGAGAGAGUAGCGGUGUUAACGCGGGUCAUUGAGAUCCUCCAGGUGUUUCAGGAGCUCAACAACUUCAAUGGUGUUCUGGAGGUGGUCUCUGCCAUCAACUCUGUCCCCGUCUACCGGCUCGACCACACCUUCGAGGCGGUCCCCGAGAGGAAGAAGAGGAUCCUAGAGGAAGCAGUGGAACUGAGCCAGGACCAUUUCAAGAAGUACCUGGCCAAGCUCAAGUCCAUUAACCCGCCCUGCGUGCCUUUCUUUGGUAUCUACCUGACCAACAUCCUGAAGACAGAGGAGGGGAACCCCGACUUCCUGAAGAGACACGGCAAAGAGCUGAUCAACUUCAGUAAGAGGAGGAAAGUAGCAGAAAUCACAGGAGAGAUACAGCAGUACCAGAACCAGCCUUACUGUCUCAAGGUCCAGCAGGACAUCAAGAGGUUUUUUGAGAACCUGAACCCGAUGGGCAGUCUGGGUGAGAAGGAGUUCUCUGACUACCUGUUCAACAAGUCUCAGGAGAUAGAGCCUCGUAACUGCAAGCAGCCGCCACGAUUCCCCAGGAAGACCCUGUACCCCCUGAAGUCCCCGGGGAUCCGGCCGGUGCGCACCUCUACGUCAGGGACCCUGAAGGGCCACCCCGUACCCUUGGAGAGAGAGCCCCCGCACAAGAUCACCUUCAGGAGCAUCGCUGAGACAGAGCAUGAGACCUCUUCCAUAGCCUCGGUCCCCACCUCACCCAGCACCCCUACGCCCCCACAGUCUGCCUGUUCAGACCUCAGCUCUGUCUUCAUGGAACCAGAUCUCUAUAGUGUUUAUGGUGGCUCAACUUCUCUCUGUGGCCAUUUUAUAUCAGGUGGAAACUCCAUAUUCUGUUCUGUUCUCCUCCCGCCCUCAAAGUUCCACUCAGUGUCUUGUGGAAGCCUUCACCAGCUAGGAGAGGAGUUACUGAAGCCCCCUCCACUUCCCCCUCGCAGGAAGGAUGCUUUCUCUGAGACCAAGUUGAGUUCCAGGUCCAAAGGUCCCCCAGCCAUCCCCCCCAGACUGCCCCCUCCUCUUCCCAGGGUCCAGCCCCGCACCCCAGUCUACAACGGCUUCAGCGACGGCCCCCUCCCCAGCAGCCCCCACCUCCACCCCCGGGACCCCCAGCCGGACACCCCUCCCCCUGUCCCCCAGAAGCCACCAGAGAUCUUCAUUAACUACCCCCGAACCUCCAACCCUCCCCCCGGCCGCUUCCACUGGGAUUUUGGCAGUUCCCCCUCCCCUGGAACGCCCCCGGUUCCCCCUCGCCCCGCUCCCCGACGGAGCUGCCUGCUCAGCGCCAGCCAGAACAGUCUCUGCCCGCUCCCCCUGCCCAUCAUGGCCCCACCUGUACCUCCCCGCCACAACUCCUCCUCCCAGCUCCCCAAACUUCCCCCAAAGACCUACAAGAGGGAGCUGUUGUCACCCCCUUUACAGAGCCUCUCAUUGGUGGAGAGCACAGAGGGUAGCCAAUGAGGAGCCUCCUGGCUUUUUUAGUUGUUUCCUUCUCAUCAUGGCUGCUGCUCCACACAAUACAAACUGUAUCAUACCAUGACCUCAUGACACAGAGCGAUUUAAAAACUAACUAAUCAGGAUUUGUUUUUGUUUUUUUUAAAGCUACUGAUCGUAACAAAGACUCCAAAACCCCCUCUCACUCAUCUCCUACAUUGACCAAUCACAACACGGCCACUCCUCUCAGGGUAUCAGUAGCCCCACCUUCAUUUCAAGCCCUCUGUGCCAAUGGGAAAUCCACACCAGUGUGCCAGCCAAUGAACAAGGAGGAGCCCCAAGACACUGAUUCAAACUCCCCCUCCUCUGUGUGUGCAGUACACGUCACACACCUGUACACAACAUUGACUCGGUCAUUUUCUUCAUAUAGAUAUUCCACUCUGUACUGGAGUGGACAGGACAGUAUGCCAUAGUCCAGUAGUAACUCUCCUACCCCCAAAAGAGCCACUGUGCUGAACCCAGAAAGGAGAGGACUGUGUCCUCUUCAGCCUGUCCUGGUGGUUGGGGACUAUACAGACCACCAUGACACUUCCAUCGGCAUGGACAGGUCUUCUCACUGCCAACGCUUUGUGUGGAUCUAUGGGCAUUGUUGCGUUGGCACACGGUCGUGUUGCGAACGCCAUUCACUCGUUCACCCCAGGAGUCAGUCCUCUUGUCCUGUGGUUCUCGGACGGACGGACGGACUCCACUCUGGACCGUACAAGACCACAAUGCUCUUUUAUCAUGGAACUAAUCAAACACACAUUUACUGUGGUUCUCCUCGUGAGGCUCCUCCCAUCUGUGUCGACUCCCACAUUUUAGUGACCAGUCCUGUGUUCUGCAGGGGGUCAUAUAAGGGAUUCAUGUUUUGAGGAAUGACUGUGGAUAUUUCCAUCCAGUCGUUCAGACAUUACCAACCUGAUCGUUGUCACACUGAAAUCCUUCUCCUUCUUUGUUUGUUGGUCUCCACUGUGCACUGAACUGAGUAGAGCUGUGACUGUAAUGGGUGUGUUACUGUGUGGUACAGGAGGAUCGUACAGCCCUGGACAUGGGGUCCUUGCUGUAGUUGGUAGCUACAUCCAGCCCUGCUGGUCCUAGAAUUACCCUCCAUUUCAGAUGUUGCCUUUGACCCCACAGCACUGACCUCUGUGGGCCUCUGCUAGAGGGAUGGGUGGUGUGUGCCCUCCUCUGCCCUCUGCUAGAGGGAUGGGUGGUGUGUGCCCUCCUCUGCCCUCUGCUAGAGGGAUGGGUGGUGUGUGUUCGCUCCACCCUCUGCUAGAGGGAUGGGUGGUGUGUGCCCUCCUCCACCCUCUGCUAGAGGGAUGGGUGGUGUGUGUUCGCUCCACCCUCUGCUAGAGGGAUGGAUGGUGUGUGUUCGCUCCACCCUCUGCUAGAGGGAUGGAUGGUGUGUGUUCGCUCCACCCUCUGCUAGAGGGAUGGGUGGUGUGUGUCUCUCUCUCCUCUGAGAUAUCUCUCCUCUGCCCUCUCCUCUGCCCUCUCCUCUGCCCUCUCCUCUGCCCUCUCCUCUGCCCUCUCCUCUGCCCUCUCCUCUGCCCUCUCCUCUCUC